AUGUUAUAUCUAGAUCUUAGUACUGAAAUGUUAUAUCUAGAUCUUAGUACUGAAAUGUUUCAUCUAGAUCUUAAUACUGAAAUGUUAUAUCUAGAUCUUAGUACUGAAAUUUUAUAUCUAGAUCUUGGUACUGAAAUGUUAUAUCUAGAUCUUAGUACUGAAAUGUUAUAUCUAGAUCUUAGUACUGAAAUGUUAUAUCUAGAUCUUAGUACUGAAAUGUUAUAUCUAGAUCUUAGUACUGAAAUGUUAUAUCUAGAUCUUAGUACUGAAAUGUUAUAUCUAGAUCUUAAUACUGAAAUGUUAUAUCUAGAUCUUAGUACUGAAAUGUUAUAUCUAGAUCUUAGUACUGAAAUGUUAUAUCUAGAUCUUAGUACUGAAAUGUUAUAUCUAGAUCUUAGUACUGAAAUGUUAUCUCGAGCCUGCUUUGCUGUGUGGCAUUGCAUCUUUUAA